UAGCCCAAUACGUAAUACACAUGCGUACUUCAAUUUUGUCAAAAAGUAAUUCAUAUAUUUUCUAAUCGAGUUUUUAAAACUAACUUAAGACUUUUUGCUUGUAAAACUUAAUUGACUUGUAUGCUAAAUUGUGUCUGGCAAGGGGGAAUAAAAAAUUAAUGAGCGUAUUUUGUUUAUACGAAUUACAAUAUUGUGCAGAUAAACGUCACGAUACCAUUCAAUAUAAACUAUAGUUUGGAAUAAAAUAAGAAAAAUUAUGAAAUACAUCUUAGUUACUGGAGGUGUUAUAAGUGGUGUCGGUAAAGGCGUUAUUGCUAGCAGCUUUGGUACUCUUUUGAAAUCUUGUGGAAUUGACGUGACAUCAAUUAAAAUAGAUCCGUAUAUUAAUAUAGAUGCCGGAACUUUUUCCCCCUAUGAACACGGUGAAGUGUAUGUUUUGGACGACGGUGGAGAGGUUGAUUUGGAUUUGGGAAAUUAUGAACGUUUUUUAGACAUUACUUUGCAUCGAGACAAUAACAUUACAACAGGAAAAAUUUAUAAACAAGUAAUAGAGUGGGAGCGAGAUGGAAAGUAUCUUGGAAAAACUGUUCAAGUUGUGCCGCACAUCACUGAUGCCAUACAGAAUUGGGUGGAAAAUGUUGCUGAACGCCCAGUUCGCGGAAGCUCUACACCUCAAGUAUGUAUCAUUGAAUUAGGAGGAACUAUAGGGGACAUAGAAGGCAUGCCCUUCGUGGAGGCAUUUCGACAAUUUCAGUUUCGUGUUAAACGUGAAAACUUCUGUGUUGCACAUGUUUCGCUUAUACCUAUGCCUAAAUCAACAGGCGAGCCAAAAACGAAACCUACACAAAGUUCUGUUCGAGAACUUAGAGGCUUGGGUUUAUCUCCAGAUUUGAUUGUUUGUAGAUCAGAAAAACCUAUAGGACAGGACGUUAAGGACAAAAUAAGCAAUUUUUGUCACGUCGGACCAGAACAAGUGAUUUGUAUUCAUGAUUUAUCCUCUAUAUAUCAUGUACCAUUGCUUAUGGAAGAUCAUGGUUUAAUAGAAUAUUUAAAUUUGAGAUUGCAUUUGAACAUUGAAAAUUCAAAAAGAGACAGAUGCUUGCAGCAAUGGAAAGAUUUAGCCCGUCGUGUGGACAGUUUACACAAACAAGUAACAAUAGCACUAGUCGGCAAAUAUACAAAACUUGAGGACUCAUACGCUUCAGUUUCGAAAUCUCUGCAGCAUGCAUCAAUAGCUGCCGGGUACAAAUUAAAUUUAAAAUAUAUAGAAGCUUGUCAUUUGGAGCAACAAACUCGCGAGGUAUCUCCCUCACUUUAUCACGAAGCGUGGCAUACUCUUUGUAAUGCGGACGGUGUUAUUGUGCCAGGAGGUUUUGGACAACGAGGUAUGGAAGGAAAGAUAACGGCAUGUAAUUGGUGUCGGGAAAAGAAGAAACCAUUUUUAGGUAUAUGUUUAGGUCUGCAAGCGGCCAUUAUAGAGUUUUGUAGAAAUGUCCUUGGCAUGAAGGACGCAAAUACAACAGAAAUUGACCCCUCCACUUCAUAUCCAGUAGUUAUUGAUAUGCCGGAACAUCAUCCUGGCCAAAUGGGUGGCACUAUGCGGUUGGGCAAUCGUACAACAGUUUUCACAGCAGAAACUAGUAUUAUAAGACAACUGUAUGGAAAUCGAAAUAAAGUGGCUGAGAGGCAUAGGCAUCGUUACGAAGUAAAUCCCGAAUUUGUUCCAAUGAUUCAAGAAAAUGGCCUAAAAUUUGUGGGAAUGGACACUGAAAAAACAAGAAUGGAAAUUAUAGAACUGUCAGACCAUCCCUACUACGUCGCAACGCAAUACCAUCCGGAAUAUCUUUCAAGGCCGUUAAAACCGUCACCCCCAUUUCUAGGCCUGAUUUUGGCAUCUGUUGGAAAGCUCAAUAAUUUUAUUCAACGUGGUUGCAGGCUGUCUCCAAAACAAAUGUCAGACGCUAGUAGCGAUGAGGACGAAUGUCUUGUGAAAACAUCAAAAAUCAAGAAAAAUGGUGCAGUUACAUCUAAUAACCUAAUUUUUUUGAGUGAAAAUGUAAACAAAAUCCAAUCAGAAUUUGGUAGUCAAAAAAUUUAUGUAGAAGGUGAACCAUCUCCAAACAAUACAAUAGAGAGUAGCUGAAAUACCUUAAAUUUACUUAUAAAUUUUAAAAAUAAGAAGUACUUAGAAUAAAGUAAAUAUGAGUUUACGUUUCAAA